AUGUAUAACAUUUUAUUAGAUAGCUUUCAGACCAUGGUUAACAAUCAUCAGUCAAUUGCCCCGGCUCCAUCCCCGGAAUAUACUGAGCUUUUAAGAAGGCUCACCGCUAUGGAGGAAAGUCUCAAGACCAUGGAUUCAAACAUUGGCACUGUCAUCAAGGGGAACAAAGAUUCAUUGGAAAUACUUGAUAGCGUUGCCAAUGCCUCUGGAGAACUUCUUGCAGUUAUUGCUCCUACCACUAUACCUGCUUCUGCUUCUGUCCCUUUCGCAGCUUCUUCUGUUGGUUCUACUCUGGAUUGGUAUACAACACCUUCUGAGGCUUUUUUUGGUAUCUCUUCUGCUGCUCCUUCUGUUGCUCCUUCUGUUGCUCCUUCUGUCGCUCCUUCUGUUGGUCCAGUGGUUCUUACUGGUGCAAACGCUGGUGAACUUAGUAAACAGGAUCGCACUAGAGUUUUAGCUCUUAUCCGAGGAGAGUUGAAGAAACACAACUUCAAAUCAAAUAAGCCAGAACUAGUUGCAGCUAACGACAGCAAGUGCAGUUGGGAUUUUAAUGUUGAUUACAGACUUCCACCCAACAGACAGCUGAUGCAUGACCUUCAUGCAUACCUGGCUCCAAAGGUUGUUGGGACUAGUGUUCGACAGGCCGAUAUUAGCGAUUGUAUCUACACAAACUUUUGUGGAACGAGACGCCGAGUCAAGGAAUCCUAUGAAGCGCGCAAAAAGACAAAUUCUUGGUCAAGAAAAGCAGGUCGAGAGACCGAUCAUUUUGACCGUCGCGAGCUGACCUACCAUACAUUCAAGGCUGAAAUUGAUAUGAAGGUGGGUAAGAGCUGUGACGGACUCUUACAGAAAGAAGCAAUGUCUGAGGGCGAAUCUGAAGACGAUAUGCCUGGAGUCUCGAGCAACCGUGCGAUUCGUACAGUGCGUCCAAGUUGGAGAAGCGAUGAGUACAAUCACUUUCUUGCAGUUGUUGAUGAUUUUAUGCGUAAUCGCAUGGACUUCAAUUCGCAUCAGAUGUUGAAGAGGUCCUUCGGUAGAGAUGCUGUUUUAGCAGUCCCGCCUAGAUUGACGUCCCUUCUCCCUCACUGGGCUUUUAGAGAUGAGUUUCAAUAA